AUGGAAACCUGGUCAGUGGACCAGGUGUGCAGGUGGUUGGUGGAGAAAAACUUGGGCGAGCUAGUUCCCAGGUUCCAAGAGGAAGAAGUAAGUGGGGCUGCUCUUCUAGCAUUGAAUGAUCGGAUGGUUCAGCAGCUGGUAAAGAAAAUUGGACACCAGGCUAUUUUGAUGGACUUCAUUGAAAAAUAUAAGCAGAGCAGUCAAGAACUCAAGUCCCCUGGAGGGCCCAGAGAGACAUUCCUGGUUACCCAAACACAGGCAGCCCCAAGAUUUUACAGGGACAAACAGACCUCCUGUUCUGCCAGCCAUGAGGCACAGACACCUUCUUUCCAUCAAGCUGAAAACCUUGCUGAUAAACUAAUUGAUCAAAGAGUAUUGAAGCAGAGGAGAAACAUGAAACACAUUCUAGCAAGGAAUAAAGCAUUACAAUGGACCAGGUCCUAUGUUUUACCAGAAUUUCCCUAUGAUGUCCAGUGCAUGCUGGCGGAACAGAAGUGUCCUGACCACAGCAUGAGGAUAAGGGUCAUUGAGUUUCUACAGGCUGACAUGACUAAGUACCUGGAAGGCUCGCUGUAUCCCACCACGCAGCAGUACAAUGAUGUGGUCAACGCUCUGCUGCAGGCUCACCCUUUCCUGGAUGAGGAUGGCUGUGGUUUUCUUUUGUGGAAAAGAGCCCUCAAAGAUCGCUUUAAAUAUAUCCGAAGACCCAUAGAAGAUGAUGAACAAGUCGUGAGAAAUAAGUGCAAAUUUGGACACCGAAGAGGCCAGACAAGGAAAUCUCUUGCUGAUGCAAGAUCUGAUAAAAUGAAAACUGUCCAGAUCAAAAUCUUCAGAGAAUUCCAACUUCUUACAAGAACAGAUAUUUAUAAGAAAACAAGGCAUAUCGUGGAAUCCUACUCAGAAAACAUCCUGAGUGCUUUUGCAGUGGCGAACAAUCCAAUCAAUAUUGCACUGCAAGACAAAAUGUCAGAAUACACAGACGAAGAAGACAUGCUGCAAUCUAUGAAGAUAACAGCCACAUGUUUACUCCUCCCGGAUGCUUUUGGGGAUGACCCUAGCCUUUUUGUUGUUGUGAAUGAAAAGGUAUGUGAUACAUUAAUGGCCAUUGGUUUAUUAUUUUAUACCUUCUUAUCCUGGCCAGGUGCCCACGCGUGUGUUGAAAGUUGCUCUUUGGACAUCAACAUCAGUGAGUUGGCUCUGUAUCUGGAAUGAGAGAAGCUCAUAGACGUGGGUGGCUGUGUCACGGGGCUGGAUGCUCUAGUGGUUGCCUUUCACGUAUUUGGGAUUGCGUGUCCAAGAAGACUGACUGAAACACUCAACUUCCUGGAGACCUUGACUUUUGAUGUGCAGAGUCCUGAUUUUCCUUCUUCAAGUAUUGCCUCAGAAUGUACCUCCAGAAAAGCUAAAAAGUUAGGGUAG